GAACAGCUUCAAGUCAAAAUGCCUUCUGAUAAAUACACCAUCAGACAAUUCGAGGCGAGUGAUGUCGCUGCGACCGGGGAACUGCUCUUCACCCAGAAGCUGGGACUCACUAUCAACCGCCUCCUAUUCAAGAACUGGCCUAAUGAAGAAGCCCAGCGGAAGAACUACACCAGUACCCUGGCGAACCUCGACCCUGCCACCAUGGAAGCCCUGACCGUGGUUGAGAAUGCCUCUGGGGAGAUUGUUGGACAUCUCAUCAUGACCAGGAAGAGGCCUGCACCGAAAACGGAGAACGCUGGUAAUGGCAAAGAAGGAGAGGUCCCAGAUCACUUCAAUGCCGAUGUCCUAUCUGCUGUUAUGAGGGUCGCCAGUGAGCUCGAUGUCGUCAUGAAGGACACAGAUCACAUUGAGCUAACGUAUAUGAUCGUGAAACCCGAGCACCGUGGACAGGGCCUCGGACAGUCCCUGUUAUCCCAUGUGGCCAACAAGGCAAAGAUAGAAGGGGUGCCUGUGGCUCUGGUAUCGGAACCGCAGGCUUACGGCUACUGGGAGAAAAAGGGCUUCACGGAGACGGAGUAUCGAGAUAUCGACCUGGCGCAGUGGGCACCUCCUCAUUCGGGCUUUGGGACUUUCCGGCUGUCUGGGAUGGUUUUGAACCCUAGUUCCUGAUCAUCGAAUGCCAGGAGAUCCAAGGAAUUUUUGAAAGCCUCGCCUAACCUACUGGAAUCAAACACAAGCAGCUCAUUAUUCCCCUUGAAUCUAACAAGGAUUGUGCACAAAUAGUUGAAUGGUAUUCACAAUAGCAUUGGUUUCCUAAGAAAGGCUGAGUAGGUAUAAACAAGCAUAUUCUUUGAAAGGUUUCCAACUUCAUACAUAGACUCCUAGAACGCCAC